AUGCAGAUCUUCGUCAAAACUUUGACUGGAAAGACCAUUACAUUGGAGGUGGAAUCAUCUGAUUCUAUCGAAAAUGUUAAGGCAAAAAUUCAAGACAAGGAGGGCAUCCCUCCAGACCAGCAACGUUUGAUCUUUGCCGGAAAACAACUCGAAGAUGGACGUACCCUUUCCGACUACAACAUUCAAAAAGAAUCUACCCUUCACUUGGUGUUGCGACUCCGAGGUGGUAUGCAAAUCUUCGUAAAGACCCUCACUGGAAAGACCAUUACACUGGAGGUGGAAUCAUCUGAUUCUAUCGAAAAUGUCAAGGCAAAAAUCCAAGACAAGGAGGGCAUCCCACCAGACCAGCAACGUUUGAUCUUUGCCGGAAAACAACUCGAAGAUGGACGUACACUUUCCGACUACAACAUUCAAAAAGAAUCUACCCUUCACUUGGUGUUGCGACUCCGAGGUGGUAUGCAAAUCUUCGUAAAGACCCUUACUGGAAAGACCAUUACAUUGGAGGUAGAAUCAUCAGAUUCUAUCGAAAAUGUCAAGGCAAAAAUCCAAGACAAGGAGGGCAUCCCACCAGACCAGCAACGUUUGAUCUUUGCCGGAAAACAACUCGAAGAUGGACGUACACUUUCCGACUACAACAUUCAAAAAGAAUCUACCCUUCACUUGGUGUUGCGACUCCGAGGUGGUAUGCAAAUUUUCGUAAAGACCCUCACUGGAAAGACCAUUACACUGGAGGUGGAAUCAUCUGAUUCUAUUGAAAAUGUCAAGGCAAAAAUCCAAGACAAGGAGGGCAUUCCACCAGACCAGCAACGUUUGAUCUUUGCUGGAAAACAACUCGAAGAUGGACGUACCCUUUCCGAUUACAACAUUCAAAAAGAAUCUACCCUUCACUUGGUGUUGCGACUCCGAGGUGGUAUGCAAAUCUUCGUAAAGACCCUCACUGGAAAGACCAUUACACUGGAGGUGGAAUCAUCUGAUUCUAUUGAAAAUGUCAAGGCCAAGAUCCAAGACAAGGAGGGCAUUCCACCAGACCAGCAACGUUUGAUCUUUGCCGGAAAACAGCUCGAAGAUGGACGUACACUUUCUGACUACAACAUUCAAAAAGAAUCUACCCUUCACUUGGUGUUGCGUCUUCGUGGUGGUAUGCAAAUUUUUGUAAAGACACUGACUGGAAAGACCAUUACAUUGGAGGUAGAAUCAUCUGAUUCUAUUGAAAAUGUCAAGGCCAAGAUUCAAGACAAGGAGGGCAUCCCACCAGACCAGCAACGUUUGAUCUUUGCCGGAAAACAACUCGAAGAUGGACGUACCCUUUCUGAUUACAACAUUCAAAAGGAAUCCACCCUUCACUUGGUGUUGCGUCUUCGUGGUGGAAUGCAAAUUUUUGUAAAGACACUGACUGGAAAGACCAUUACAUUGGAGGUAGAAUCAUCUGAUUCUAUUGAAAAUGUCAAGGCCAAGAUCCAAGACAAGGAGGGCAUCCCACCAGACCAGCAACGUUUGAUCUUUGCCGGAAAACAACUCGAAGAUGGACGUACCCUUUCCGACUACAACAUUCAAAAGGAAUCCACCCUUCACUUGGUGUUGCGUCUUCGUGGCGGAGCACAAUAA